UCCUAUUUUGGUUUCCACCAGGAGUGACUCCAAGGAAAGGAUCCAAAUACAAAUAUUUUAUUUGGGGGAUGAUCCCAGAAAACACCAGUAGAGGAGUGGAGAAGUGACAUGAAUGGAGAGGAAGCCAGUCCACCCUGCACUGUCAAGAAAGCAUCCACUGUGGACACAUGGACCUGAUGCCGGAGGGAGGCCCCACUUACAUGUAUGAGUUUCAGUAUCGCCCAAGCUUCUCAUCAGCCAUGAAACCCAAGAUGGUGAUAGGGGACCACAGGGAUGAGCUCUUCUCAGUCUUCGGGGCUCCAUUUUUGAAAGAUGGUGCCUCAGAAGAGGAGACCGAUCUCAGCAAGAUGGUGAUGAAAUUUUGGGCCAACUUUGCUCGGAACGGGAAUCCCAACGGGGACGGGCUUCCCCAUUGGCCAGUAUAUGACCAGAAAGAAGGGUACCUUCAGAUUGGCAUCACCACCCAGGCAGCCGAGAAGCUGAAAGACAAGGAAGUGGCUUUCUGGAACGAGCUCCUGCCCAAGGAGGCGACAAAGCAGCCACCCCAGUUAAAACAUGCUGAGCUGUGAACGGGAGGCUCAGCUGGCCUUGGGGGCUUGUGGGACCCCAGACAGGGGUAUUCAGUAGAAGGUGUUUGUGGGCCAAAGAGGCAUCUUAUUGUGGAGGCUGGGAAA